AAAGCGGUUAGGCUUGAAAUUUGUCAACUAUGCAAUUUCAUAGGGAACUUUUGUCAGGGACACAGGAGAGAGGGGGGCCCAAGGGAGAGAAGAUCGUCAACCCCAAGUUGCUGCUCGCAACCGGCCUGAAGAGCGAAUCUUCUUUGGAGUCGAGAGAUAGGCUGUCCGUAUUGGCUGCCGUCGGCUGCAUCGUCGGCGCCUUGGCCGGUUGGGGUUGGGUUUAG